AUGGGUGGCUGUGUGAGAAAAUAUGAUGAAAAUGUCAAACGUAAACAGUGGAAUAAGGAACCUUCACAGACUUUGAUGAAUAUUCUUCACAAUGCUGAUGUUAACUUAGCUUUUCAGACAUACACUAUCUACAAAGCAGCUUCAGAUGACCCACUGAGAGGACCACUGACAGGAAAGAACAACGCAUCUGAUGAACCAGAUGGUGAAACUUUUAUGGAGGAUGCAGAGAGACUUGAACCUAGAUCAGAUGAAGAGGACACGGAUUUUGAAGCGGAAGAUGAUCCAGACUGGAUUUCUGAAUUGCAAAAGAUGAUCAAACCAAUGGAACUGAAGAAAGAAGUACCGAUAGAUAAUCCAGUAUCAGUGCAAAAAUAUUGCUGAACCAUUUCAGAAACUAGCAGCAACAAACUAAUUGACACAUGUUUUCAGAUAUAUUUCUUUGAGAAAGUAAAUUUAAUUUGGGUUAUUUUUGAUGUAAAAAAGGUAUAGCAAUUACGUUGUUCUUAAAGAUAUUAAAAUAAGCAUUUUUUUACACAGAAUUCUUUACUCGGUACAGAAAUAUUAUGUCAAAAUUGGAAAUAUGUCAAAAUCAAAAGUGUACCAUAUUAGAGGGCAGACUAGAAUUAGCACAAUCUGAGAUAUAGAGAGCAAGAUAUGACUUUCAUGUUGUCCCUCUGCCAUUUCAUAUUCCUAGGCCUUUGGGAGUGCUGGAUUUAAGGUGGCUAGGCUUCAGGGAACAUUGAGUCUGGAUUUCAGAAUAUGACAAAAUCUAGAUAGAUAUUAACAUUAAUUAUAUCUCAUUUUUUAUUUGAUUGUGUGUUUUGCAAUUGUUAAUAAACCUGCUCAUUUCAAUUCUUCUUCAUUUCCAAAAUGAAAUCUUCUGGAAUCUUGUCUUUCAUUACUUCAGGAGCCAUGUCUUUCAUCUAUUUCUGCUCCUUAUUCUUCAGUUAUAUAAACUUAAUUCAUUGAAUGCAGUUAGAGAGCUGGUGCUUGGAGA